AUGGCUUCUUCUCUCUUGAAAAACCUAUAUCAUUGUUUACGUGCUCAGAAGCAAACGCUCCAGACGCCUAUUUUUUUUUUUUACAACUCUAGCAUAUACACGAGAUGCAAGAUGAUCAAGAGAGAGGUUGAAUCUGCAUUUGAGCUUGGUUUGUUCAGACUUGUGAUAAAUAUGUCUACGAUGCUUACAGCUGCUCAGUUUAUGGCACCUUUAAGGGGCAUUCCGAGCGCCCGUUCGGUCAAGCUGUUGAGCCAAAAAAGAAGUAUCAUAGGAUUUGUAAGAAAUGCACUAGGGCUAGAUCCGCCUCCUUCGCCGGACGAGCCAACCCCAGAUAAUCGAUUUCAUCCAUGGGAUCAAUCGCCUGCAGGUGAUCUGCGUGAGCGUGCAGCCAGGAUAAGGACACUGGCACGUUGCCCAGUGACAGGGAAGGAGAUAAAUUACACAUGUCCACUCUCAGGAAUUCCAACUCAUCAUUCUCGAGAGGCCUGGGAGCAAGAUAAAGCAUAUCAUGAGUCUAAAAAAUACGAACUAUUAAAGAAAGUUAACAUUUACGAACACGAUUUGAGAAGCGGCAGACCAUUCCCAGAGUUCGAUUUCCCGCAGGACCAGGAUAGCGAUCGUACGGUUAAUAUGACCAAUUGGGAUUUGUUCUUCUACACAAGGCAAUUUUACAGUAUGGAUACCGAAUUUCAGUUAGCUGCCGUUACAAAAAUGUUGAGUUAUCCAAUUACGAUAGGGGCUAUACUGCAUCAGUUCUCUCCUUACUCACUGAAUCCGAAGGGACCUGUUACGUUAGAAGGUUUGAAGUCCUUGGCUGCGCUGCGUUACACUCUGUAUCCCUAUGAAAAUAAGUCGAUAUCUUCAGUUACAAAGGAUCGCCCAAUGAGACUCUUCAUUCUGGGCGCUCGUGCAGAAGCGCAAUUGCCUGGUCAUGUCUGGAAACAAUUACAGUUUCUGUUUCCUGAACAAAAUUUUGAAAUACAUUUCGUUGGACCAGAAUGUUUGUUGAACAAGGAGAAAUUUCAAUAUGUCACAUCCUCGACACCAGUUGUAAAAAGAAUUGAUGAAACUAUGUCCUUUGUUUAUCAUACAGAUUAUUUCCAUGUUUAUCAUGAAGCUCAAGACUUUUUCCCUUACGAUCCGUAUUUGGACGUGUUUUUCUGCUUUCAUCCAGGGUUUGGUGCUCCAGAAACUACUGCAACUUGGAUGGGUGACACGCUUAAAGCUUUAUUGGAGACCAAAUGUGCAAUUUUCACAACUGGUUUUAAUAAAACAGAUUUGACUCGAGACGUUGAAGUCAUCAAAUCAAAGUACGGUAAAGAAGUUGAUAUUUUAAUGGAACCGGCAAAAAAUGUUUUUGGUAGUACAAAAUGGGAAUUAAACGACAUGAAUCCGCAGGAAGUAUAUCAAUUCAAUAUGCACGUAAUGGGUUUUAGAGGUAAGAGGUAUCACGCUAUUGAAGUAUAA